AUGUCAUCCACAAAACUGACCUGUUCACUCUGCGAUGUGUCGUUUGAAAAUAGCCAGGAGCAUAGAAUACACGCAAAAAGUGAAUCACAUAUAGCAGCUUUGAGACAGCGCGCGGUGGCUUCAGGGUUGAUAGACGAAAGAAUUGAUGAUGACCACACAUACACCGGCCAGACACAGGCAACAGAUGGCUUACAAGAACAACUAUCAGGUAGCGAUACCGAAACUUCAGAUGAAGUCCCCAAUGAUGAAAUGCCAGAGUUUGAGCCUGAAAAAUGCAUCAUCUGCACCCAAAACAACAAAAGCUUCGAUGACAAUGUCCAACACAUGAAGACAGCACACAGUCUGCGGAUCCCGUACGAAAACCACCUGAGUGUGGACUUGGAGACAUUGAUCUGGUAUCUUCACUUUGUCAUUAAUACCUACCGUGAGUGCAUUUAUUGCGGAACGAGAAGCCGUACCGUUCAAGGCAUCCAGCAACAUAUGGUGGAUAAAGGCCAUUGCAGAGUCGAAAUGUCAGACGAGAUGUUGGAAUUCUAUGACCUUGAGGGACUGAAGAAAUACGAAACGGAAAACGGUGUUGCCAUCGACAACGAAACCCUUCGACUAUCAUCUGGAAAACUGCUAUCACAUCGUACGGCCCCAGCACCUAAGAAACCCCAUCGAGAGACAGCUCAGGAUGAUGCACAAAGUCAAGAUAAUCAGACUGCUCUGCCUGGAAGUGUGUCGUCGGAUGCGCUCACGACGAAGGAUAGGAAGGAGGCAGCGUUGGCGUCUCAGCUUGCCAGACUGAGCGUAAGAGACCAGCAAAGUUUGAUACACAUGUCGUCUUCGGAACAGCGUAGCUUUUUGCUGCAGAGAAAGAAGGAAAUGGACACGGCACGGCGGUCAGAACGGAAGAUGCGACUCAAGACAGAAAGGGUCAACAACAAGACCAUGAUGAAGACCUUUCAGAACGAUGUGCCGGGUCCAAAGAAUGGCUGA